AUGCGGCGUUCUGGGAUUCCUACUCAAACCCACCAGAAGGGAUUGGCUGCUUGCCACUUGGAGACUGCAGUGCACCGGGACUUUCAGAUAAAAACAUUUAGUACAGAGUUGAAAAACCAUGUGAUGGUCAUGGAUUUUGUGAAGAGUAACUGGUUUCCAUCCCAGAGAAGAGCCCAAGUGUGCGUGAUCCACAUGUGCCGAGGUCUAAAGACAGAGGAACAGACAGGCGGCAGAUACAAGAUCCACAGCCGACACUUUCCAUCCCCCAAAGACCACCCUGCCUGGGAACGAAGCGAAAGUCUUUCAAAUACAGGAUUUCGGGACAACCAGUGCAGUACAAAUGGUCACAUUGCCCUUAAAAAUCUCCAGUCUGGUGUUUCAGAGAAGAAAUCUCCCUUCACCGAGGCUCCUCCGGCAUCGCAAAAUACAAAAAUGAUUUCAUCCAUAGUCAUUUCCCAGCUGAUGGAUGAGAACCAAUCCAGAGGCACCGGAUCUGCAGGGCCAAGUGAUGUCGCCCAGCCCUGCUCAUGCCACGCGAAAGCAUUGGUGGCGGUACCCUGCAGCGUGGACAUCCACAGCGGACUGGCGCUGCUUCCCGCCAGCGUGAGGGUUCAGACACCUUCCCAUGAGCCAGGGUCCUGGACUGAGCCACCGCCCUUGGAGAAGGGUUCACGCAGGGGUCCCCAUCAAGGAUUUGCGUCCAUCACGGUCACAGCCCGGCGCGUGGGGCCCCCGGCCAGCGCCUUGCCGUGGGCGGGUGCUGGAGACGCACUGUGCAGCCAGUACGUGGCUGGGGGCUCUCUGCUCGCAGACCCUUGGGUUCUGGACGGUGGUGUGGAACUGACUGGGCCCCGCAGACCACUGGUGCGCACGGAGCUGUACAGAAACGGGGUGGUGGCGCGGCCCUGGCUGUGUGAGGGACACGUGUGCGGGGUCGCCGGUGGGCACAGCAGCCGGAGCGGCCGGCCCCCCGGAAAGGACCCGCUGCUGUUCAGUUCUUGCGUCCAUCUCCGAGUGUCCCAGCCGUGCCCGAAUUCCAUCUACUACCUGGACAAGUCACUCUCUGUCCCCGUGGAUCCACCUCCAACAGCCAGCCCUAAAGUGCACAGGUCUGCUCUGUCCCUCCACCUCAGCUGCAGUUCUCUCAGACCAACACCAGAGGGAGUCUGUGGCCUGGCUAAGGGUGAACCAAUGGGCAGCGGCCUCCGAGUGGCCACUGAGCAUGGGCAGAACCUUCUAGGCCCCUGCUGGCACCCAGGGCUUCAGGAGAACACCUUGAAGGGAGCCCCCGCACUGGUGAGGGCACGUCUGGGCAACAAAAGGUGUCCUUGGAGCAGCUCACCUGCUUUGGGCAAUGCUGGACUUGCAGACGUGGGGACAGACCACCACGAAGUUGACUACCAUGCUAGUGGUCAUGCCAGCCAGCUGACCAUCCACAUCCCUGGUUGGAGCUACUCAGCAGUAGAAACAAAAGUAUUUUCUGGACGAAGCGAGAAGCAACAAGAACCGCGUAUGACUUUGUCUGCUCCCCCAGUGGAACAAAAGCCCGUUAAAGAGUUCCUUCCCGAUGGGGGCAGCUCUCCAAAACGUGCCCAUCAGUCUAGCACCCCCUGCGGGCCCACAGAGAGUCAGCAUCACAGCUUCCCGGGACCCAGAGCCCCUCUGGCUGGGUUUCUCUGCCCCCUAGAAGAUGCAUGCGCACCUCGGCAGGACCACAGUGGGACUCAGAUCCAGAAAGAGCUCCCCAAAGCCAUGAGGGCAGAUGAAGAGGAAGAUGAAGAAAACGAACUGGUAGAGUGGCUGCCCCCUGAGCACCAAGAAGCCCGCCCUGGGUGGACCAGGGACCCCCAGUCCUACAACCUGAGGUGGGACCCAGGCUGUGACCUGGUUGUAAAAAUAAUGACCUGUCAGAAGAAGAAGGACGUGACCACACCCCAGCCUCUACCAGCUCCCCCGGACACGGCUCCCUCCCAGCAGCAUUCCCCGCAAGAGCCAGACAACGCGGACCUGUCAGAGGCCGACUCCGAUGUGCAGCAGAUACCUCUCAGUAACUUGACCUUACAGGAGGCACUAGAAGCCCACAAACCACUGUUCAUCUCUCGCUCACAAGAACGGCUGAAGAGACUGGAGCUCAAGGUCCAACAGCGCAAGGCCCAGCGGGGCGAGCCAUCGGGGCCAAAGCAGAACCUCCCACCCGUCCGCACCAACAAGAAACACUUCACCGUGCCCCACCCUCUCAGCGAUAACCUGUUCAAGCCCAAAGAAAGGUGCAUCUCAGAAAAGGAGAUGUACACGAGAUCUAAAAGAAUCUACAAUAACUUGCCAGAAGUUAAAAAGAAAAAAGAAGAACAAAAGAAAAAAGUAGCCUUGCAGAGUAACCGACUCCGCGUCCAAGUUUUCAAAAAGCAACUACUGGACCAGCUCCUCCAAAGGAACGCGGUCUAG